AAAAACUACCUCAAAACCCUUAUCCUUACCAAUUGAGCACGGUUCAAUAAAGUAUCAACAUGUACUUCAAAGUAGCAAUCAUCAGCCUUCUGGUAGCAGUCUGCCAAGCCGGACUCAUCCAAGAAGGUCACUCCGCGGUGUCCUCCCAGAGCAUCGUGCGCCACGACCAGCCCACACAACAAGCAUAUGCCCCUAUCGUGGCUCAUGCCCCAGUGGUUGCCCACAACGCUCCCCUCAUUCACGCCUCUCCAAUUGUCCAACAUGUUGCCCACGCUGCCCCCAUCGCCAUUGCUCGUGAGCACAUCGAGGAACAAGCUCCAGCUCACUACGAAUUCUCCUAUUCUGUAGAAGACCCUCACACCGGAGACCACAAGUCCCAACACGAGAGCCGCGAAGGUGAUGUCGUGAGAGGAGAAUAUUCCCUGGUCCAGCCUGAUGGCGCUGUCAGAACUGUUGAAUACACCGCUGAUGCUCACAACGGUUUCAACGCCGUCGUACACAACUCAGCCCCAUCUGAACACGCUGCCGCUGCCCAGGCCAACGCUGCCCAAGCCCGCGCUGCCCCGAUCCACGCUGCCCCUGUCGUGCACGCUGCACCCGUCGUCCACGCUGCUCCUCUCGUCCACGCUGGCCCGCUAGUCCACGCUGCCCCACUCGUUCAUGCUCCCAUUGUCCAUGCUGCUCCUCUAGUCCAUGGCCAAAUCGUCCACUCCACACCCAUCCUCGCCCACCAUUAAUUUAUUACUUCUUUUCUUAGUCUAUGGUCAUAGAAAUAAACAAUAUUU